GACACAAGGAUUGCAUCGCUUCCAGCAGAGCGAGCGUUCCUUCAGCAGCCCUGGGCGAAUGUCACUUCGCGCAGGCGGACCUGGCAGCCACUCCGCCCUGCAUCUUUGAGUUCCCUGACCAGUGCAGAUGUGCCAGAUGCGCCAAGCUUUCCCGAGCUUCGGCUCGGCUCUCCACAGGGCUGCUUGCGAACAAGUAUUUUGUGCAGUGAUGUGCAGUGA